UAUCCAGUAUAGACCGUAUGGUCCGUAUCAUUAUUUCUCCCUUGAAGACCGUAUCAUGUUUUCUGAUAGUCUUAAUUAUACAAUAGAAAAAUAGGAACUCAUAAUACAAUCCUAUAUUAUUUAUAAAAACCACCGAUUCUUCAGUGAGCGGUACUAUCUUGCUAGUAUAUAAAUAGUAUCACUAAACCAAUCAAAAAUGAUAUCCCAAGAAUCAAAACUCUUUAACACAAUGGGCUCUUCUUCUCCACUAAAAAGGAGAAACAGAGCACCCUCCUCUGUAUUCUCUCUGUUUCUCAUCUUCCUCUGUUUACUAGAUUCAUCAAACGCUCAGUCCACGCCAGUUUUCGCCUGCGACGUCGCCGGAAACCCAUCUCUCGCUGCUUAUGGGUUCUGCAACACCGCUAUAAAGAUCGAAUACCGAGUCGCUGAUCUGGUCGCGAGGCUCACGUUGCAAGAAAAGAUCGGGGUUUUAACGAGUAAACUUCACGGCGUGACACGGCUUGGGAUUCCGACGUAUGAAUGGUGGUCCGAAGCACUUCACGGCGUUUCUUACGUAGGACCCGGCACGCAUUUCUCCGGACAAGUUCCCGGCGCUACGAGUUUUCCUCAGGUUAUACUCACCGCUGCUUCUUUCAACGUAUCUCUGUUUCAAGCCAUUGGCAAGGUUGUCUCGACGGAAGCGAGGGCAAUGUACAACGUUGGAUUAGCCGGACUAACGUACUGGUCACCGAAUGUAAACAUAUUCCGAGAUCCGAGAUGGGGAAGAGGACAAGAGACUCCUGGAGAAGAUCCAUUGCUUUCUAGCAAGUAUGCUACAAGAUACGUUAAGGGUCUUCAAGAAACUGACAGCAGCGAUGCUAACCGCCUCAAAGUAGCCGCAUGCUGCAAACACUACACCGCUUACGACGUUGAUAACUGGAAAGGCGUAGAACGUUACAGCUUUAACGCCGUGGUGAAUCAACAGGAUCUGGAUGAUACAUAUCAACCACCGUUCAAGAGUUGCGUAGUUGAUGGGAAUGUGGCGAGUGUUAUGUGUUCUUACAAUAAAGUUAACGGUAAACCUACAUGUGCUGAUCCAGAUCUCCUCUCUGGUGUUAUCCGUGGUGAAUGGAAGUUAAACGGGUACAUUGUUUCGGACUGUGACUCGGUAGAUGUGUUAUAUAAGAACCAGCACUAUACCAAGACUCCAGAGGAAGCUGCAGCUAUAUCUAUUAAUGCAGGUUUGGACUUGAACUGUGGUUACUUCUUGGGUGACCAUACAGAGGCAGCGGUUAAAGCCGGUUUGGUAAACGAAGCAGCUAUCGACAAAGCCAUUUCAAACAACUUCUUGACCCUUAUGCGAUUAGGAUUCUUUGACGGAGAUCCAAAGAAACAGAUCUACGGAGGGUUAGGUCCUAAAGACGUUUGCACGCCGGCAAACCAAGAGCUAGCCGCAGAAGCAGCAAGACAAGGCAUUGUACUACUGAAAAACACUGGUUCCUUACCGCUUUCUCCUAACGCGAUCAAAACGCUAGCCGUGAUUGGACCAAAUGCGAACGUCACUAAAACAAUGAUAGGAAACUACGAAGGCACGCCGUGUAAGUACACAACACCGCUUCAGGGAUUAGCCGGGACGGUACACACAACAUAUCUACCAGGCUGCUCCAAUGUAGCAUGCUCGGUGGUGGAUGUAGCUGGCGCUACAAAGCUAGCAGCAGAAGCUGACGCGGCAGUGCUUGUGAUUGGUGCAGAUCAGUCUAUCGAGGCAGAGAGCCGCGACAGAGUCGAUCUGAAUCUUCCCGGACAACAACAAGAGCUCGUGACACAAGUGGCUAAAGCAGCCAAAGGACCGGUCUUUCUCGUUAUCAUGUCCGGUGGAGGUUUUGAUAUUACGUUCGCUAAGAACGACGCGAAGAUCGCCGGGAUCUUGUGGGUUGGUUAUCCCGGAGAAGCCGGUGGCAUCGCCAUCGCUGAUGUCAUUUUUGGCCGUUAUAAUCCAAGUGGAAGAUUGCCGAUGACGUGGUAUCCACAAUCCUACGUGGAGAAAGUUCCGAUGACGAAUAUGAACAUGAGACCCGAUAAAUCAAACGGGUAUCCGGGUCGGACUUACCGGUUCUACACCGGAGAGACGGUGUACGCCUUCGGUGAUGGACUCAGCUACACUAAAUUCCGCCACAGCUUAGUCAAAGCUCCGCGGCUAGUUUCUCUCAGUCUUGAAGAGAAUCACGUUUGCCGAUCAUCUGAAUGUCAAUCGCUGGACGCGAUCGGACCGCAUUGUGAUAACGUUGUUUCCGGUAAGGGUGGAACAGCGUUUGAAGUUCAGAUUAAGGUACAGAACGGCGGAGAUAGAGAAGGUAUUCACACGGUGUUUUUAUUCACGACGCCGCCAGCGGUUCACGGAUCGCCGAGGAAGCAUCUUUUGGGGUUCGAGAAGAUUCGUUUGGGGAAGAUGGAAGAAGCGGUGGUUAAGUUUAAGGUUGAUGUCUGUAAAGAUCUGAGCGUUGUUGAUGAAGUUGGGAAGAGGAAGAUUGGUUUGGGUCGGCAUCUGCUUCAUGUGGGCGACGUUAAACAUUCUUUGAGCAUUAGAAUCUGAGUCCAAAACGAUUCCAAUUUUUUUAAGUAAAAUGUAAACUUAUAAGAAAUCAACUUAUAAAUAUGCUUAUUGAAGUUUGGUAAGCAUAUUAGAAAAGAAAAUGAAUAAAAAGGUAAUUGUGAAACUCUUAUGUUUCAAUUAUUUAAUAAAAAUAACCGGAAAUAUUUUUCUUUGUCGAAAUAAGUAAUUUUGAUUUUGAAAUAUAUUGGUUCUUUUUUAACAAUUUGGAAUUAUUAAUUAGAUUGUAAGCAAAAAGAAAUACAAAUAAUAAAAUAACAGCAUAAUGUAAAUUGUAAAGAUGUAUUUUUCCAAGGUCGGUCUAUUCAUUGCUAGAAUAUCAACUCUACUAACUUCUUUGUGAACUUUAAAUCUUCAUCGCAUCAAAAACAUUGGUUUCUUUGUUGUAUUACAAUCAACGACUGUAAAUAUUUUUGGCCUGAAAUCCAAUGUACUGAUUCAACUAUGAAAAUUAAAAAUUGGAAUAACCAACUUUCAACGAUUGUAAACAUAUCAUCAUAUCUUUAUAUAUAAAAUAGGCUUUGUAUCCCUCCUGGUGAUGCUACAUAGGAUGCCAGCUAAGAAAUUCGUGUUCUGAAAGCACGACACGUGUCACAGAACGAAACUCACCGUAUCAUUAAGACGCGAAUCGUGAUGUUUCGCCCUUUAACCCUAGCUCUGUCCGAUCGAAGAAUUUGAGAUCGUCUCCUCUCUUCGUGCGGCGGCGAUGCGAGACGUCCGAGCUUCCUCAGGCUAUCUGAAACGGCGAGCUAUGAAUUCAUGUUUAAUCCCAAUAAACCCAUCCCCAUGAUGUCAUCUUCAAUGCGUCGUUUAGAUCUGAGAGUCGGUUUGUGUUGGGUAUAAAUAUACGUGAGUAUUCCUCUUCUCUACGACCAAGGUCCAUCAGAUGAUCACCACUACAGUUCAAGCCAUGCCGCCAUAGCCGCAGAAUCCUCUCAGCACAAUCUUAACCUCUUGGUCUCUGACUCUUCAGUCACCACUACAACCGUCGUGACCGCGAGAAAUAUUAACGUGCACAUUGUUGCUUUUUUGGAGAUGGCGAAUAGACUAGAAGCAUCAACGAACAUCUGGAGGAGAAGAGCUCAUUCAAGGCAUUUGAUUUCACUCUAUAGAUCCACUGGUGCAAGACCCUCUUGGGGCGAUGAUAAUGAAAGAGAUGAUGAAUCAAACAGUAACACUUUUGAUUGGUCAGAGAAGAGAAGCAGUUUGCAGCUGAAGAGAGCUCAAGAUAGAGAGAUCAUAAUCCCUAAACGGCUCUGUUGUUGUGGCACAAAGCUCAGCCGGUGUUUCAUCUGUUAGAUAUGUUCCCUGAACAAGCGUUAAAAAGAAACCAGAUGUUGUUCCAACAAGGCAAACCACCAGAAUUUCAUCACCAGAUGAUUCUGAUGACGACGAUCUUGAUGGAGACACAGAAAGAGCUGAUAAUGGAGAUCCUACAGACGUUAAGCGCGCUAGGAGGAUGCUCUCAAACCGAGAAUCAGCUAGGCGCUCCAGGAGAAGAAAGCAAGAACAAAUGAAUGAAUGAGAAUCAUAUGCAUCUACAUUUCUCGAUAUCUUUCUUGCUAUUCAGCAGCGUUCCAUUGGUUUAUAGGAAAUGUUUUCAUGUUUGGUAGGUAAACCAAUUAAGAGCUGAGCAUUCUACUUUACUUGGUCGUCUUGGUGACAUGAAUCAGAAGUAUGAUGCAGCUGCUAUCGACAACAGAGUUCUAAGAGCUGACAUCGAAACUCGAGAACAAAAAUGGCAGAAGAACAGUGAAAAGAGUGACAGGAGUGAACCCUUUGCAGUGGGCAAGACCAAACAUGGGCAUACCAGUGAACAACACACCAAGAAUCCCAAGUACUACUGGUACCGGUUUAUCACCAAAUCAGAGUAAAGGUGAACCGUGAAGGAUUGCAGAAUCAGUUUGCUACUAAUCCGAAGAACAUGUACGAAACCAUUGGAAUCACAAGCAUUAACCACAAGAUUGAGUCAUCGACUUUGUGGUUUUUGAUACUCUUAUCUUGCUCUUCUUUUAUUAUUUACUGUGCGAAUCCACAAUGGUGUUAGCUGUAAGGGUGAUGAUGAUGAUAUACCCAUUUAUAUAUGUUUGGAAAUAAUUCGAUGAAUGUUAACUUUA